GGACACCGUAAUUUACGUAGUUCAUUUAGACAACACAUACAUUUUCGUGUUCCUCUCCAAUUUUAAUUUCUUUCUCCUCUUUUUAUAUAAAAUUCGUGAACCAGAAUCGAGAAUCUAAAAUCGAAACGAAGAAUCUCUCGCUCGGCAAAAAAAAGUAGAAAAUACAACAUUUUUUCUCCGCGAUAUUGCAAAGAACAAGUGAGCUUUUCAGAAAAAAAAGAUUUAAAGAUUGUGAUGGGAGUUGUGUUUAUUUCAAGUUCAGCAGCAAGAUCACCACUCGGUUUAAGCACCGAUCUGUUGACAACACAUCGGUCUUCCCUUAAAAAACCAUCUAUCGUCGCGUUCAAAGCCGAUGAUUCGACCAAUUCAGCUUUGAUCAUUCCUCCUCGAGAACAAGUUUUAAUCCCCGCUGAAAAGCUUAAUGAGAAAAAGAGAGUAGUCACGAAGAGGAAACCCUGUAAAACCCCGAAAAAGCCGAGUUCUUUGGAUGAUCACAAUGCAGCUCCUUCGUGUUCUUUAGGUGUUGAUUAUUACAACGAAGCUGCUGCUAGACUUGAGAACAUAUACAAGCUUAGUCCUGCAACAGUCGAGGAUGAUGUUGUUGAUGGCGACUCCAAAGCGAAAGUUCCGCGGAGGAGAAAACGAAAACAGAGUGGUGAGGCAGAGAAGAAAGUAGUAGUGAGGAACAAUGUGAAGAAAGAUAAGCGUUUGAGUCUUGAUAAACGGAUAGCUUUGAAGAGAAACUGUGAAGAGAAACCAUUUGUUGUUUCUUCUGCUGAGAAGAAAGUAACAAAGAGGCAGCAAGAAGAGGAGAAGAUCGAGAGGCUUGUGCGGGACUAUUCAGCUUCUAAUGAUAUAUUGAGCUUGGACUGGAAAAAAAUGAAGAUACCUCCUGUUCUUUCUUCUACUGAACAUGCUUGGUUGUUUAAGUUGAUGCAGCCUAUGAAGGCUCUACUUGAAGUGAAAGAUGAAUNGAAGAAGACGACGUCUGGA